CGUCCCCUCCCUUUUUCUCUUUCACUCGCCAGUCGCCAUAUUUUAUCUCCGAUCUGAAACUCUAUUUGUCUAUUUGUUCUUCCUCCACGACUUUCUCUAAAACCACAUCCACUUCUUCUUUUUUCUUUCCCUGAGGAAAUGAGGAAUAGAUCCAGAGCUAAAAAGCCAGAGGCUUUCGGAAAGGGGAAGGUGACUCCGAUCCAAGUCGCAUUCAUCGUGGACCGCUAUCUCUUAGACAACAACUUCUCCGAAACCCGCUCCAUUUUCAGAACCGAAGCUUCUUCUCUCAUCUCAAAUUCUCCCGUUCGAGAGGCACCCAAGAGCCUGUUGAGUUUGGGCGAUAUGUUGGACGAGUAUAUCUGUUUGAAGGAGCAGAAGGUGAUGGUGGAUCAGGAAAGGGUCCGAUUGGAGCAAGAGAAAUGCCGGGUCCAGACCCUCUUGCAGGGAAUGCAAGCUGUCAUGAACACUUACAAUUCCAGCGGAGGCUUCCCGUCGCAGAUGAAUAUCUCCAGCGGCGCUACCAGAUCGGCGGUUGUGGCGGUUUCACAACCAUUCCUACCAAAUAGUUCUCCUUCAGGUUGCCCAGUAAACAAUACACCAACUGUGAAUCCAGUGUCCACGCCAAUCAACACCAUUAUGAAGCCUGGAAGUUUACCCUCACCAAUCACAGACCCCUCUGUGAAAAAGAGAAAGGACUGUAAAGUUUCUAUAGAUGCGGCUCAAGCUGCAAAGAGAUCUCGCAGUAAGGUACCCGCCAGGAACUUCACAAACAGAGGUGUGAAUACACUUCCGCAAUCGGAUAAUGCACUUGAUUGCCAGGAAAUUGCUCAGCCCUCUUGUGCAAUUCGAUCAUCACCUGAUAACUGUCUUCCUGAUGAGCCAUUGGUUCAAGGAUCCAGUGUUGCUAAAUGUUUGUUCAACCAGCCUUUGCUCUCUAUUCCAAGCAAUUCAUCUGACCCCAAGACACCUGUGAAACCAAACUCCUCCCCAAGUGAUAAAUCCACAUCUCCUCUGGAGAUCUCUUCCAGUGCAAAUUGCAGUAACAGAAAUACUUCUCAAGCAGUCACCCCUACUCGUUGCACUGUAAUCUCUUCCAAGAGAGUUACGGUAAGCCCAAACAGUCAAAUACUGUAUUCCAUGGAGAGAAGCCAUUGCAUUUCUGCUUCAUCGCCAAUCAAGACAAACUUGAAGAGGCAUAGUAGGAGGGAUCAUGUAAAAGGAAGGCUAGAUUUUGAUGUUUCCGAUGUGGCAACAAAUUCAGACAAACCAAUCGUUGGUGAAAUUUCUACAUCUGAGUCUGGAAAGGAAGAGGACAUUUUUGACAUUGAUUUUCCUAACUUAGACGCACUUGGAGAUUUCUCCUUCUCCGAAAUGUUAGGAGAUCUUGAUCUAGGCUUGGAAGGUGUUGACUAUACUUGCCAUCCUACCCUGGGUUCUUCUGUUGAUACGAUUUCGGGCUCAUCAUCUCCUGAAUCGGUGGAUGUUAAUAUGAGGGCCAAUCAACUUAUGUCAGAAUAUUCAUCAACUGUGACAGAAGUAUUGUCUGGGAAAGGCAUGAAUAUCAAUGGCCCAGAUUCUCUGACUGCAGUGAAGUCCAUAACACAAUGCAUAACAAUUUUAAGCCCUGCAAAAAGUCGUAGUUCUCUGGUUCAAGAUUAUCGCUCAGAAGAAAUUGACUGUUUAAAGGAAUGAUUCUUAGGCUGACACGGUAACUUUGUUUACUGCAAAAGAUGUUUAACUGUGUGAAUGUUUUGAACAACAAUUAACAGAAGCUGUCUCUGUUUUGGUACAGCAUUAAGACUACUAAUUCAUUCCCUAGAAUUAGAUGUUCUAGUUGACAUCCUAUCUUUAGUUAGGUCUGGGAAACUAUAGCAGUAGUAUGUC